CACAAGAACACCUAGCUACAAUGUCAACAACAUGGCCGACGGACUGCGAAUUUGCGAUGGAUUUUGAAUAAUAAGAACAUAAUGGGAGCAGGUUGCAGUUCAGAUUCAGAUAAUCCCUUUGCCUACUCAGGCACUGGACAACACAUCCCCCCACUGAAGAUUGCCCUAGUAGGUGAUCCUGAAGUAGGUAAGACAUGUGUGGCACUGAGAUUCCUGAAGAACCAGUUCAGUCCCAUGUAUAUUCCCACCAAGAAAGCAGUCAUAGAAAGCACGGUGCGGAAGCUGAAUGUUCCAGGUCACACAGUGGUGUCCUUGACCUUGUGGGAUAUCCCUGGACGAGAGGACAUUGAUCUCCAUAAAUCUUACUUCAGGAAUCUGGAUGCUGCAAUUGUGGUGGUUGACAUGACUGAGCCGACAAGUAUAGAGAUGGCACCAGUAUGGCGUCAGACAGUCCUCAACAACACAUUUCUGACACACCCAGUCGAGGACAAGGCGGGCCAGGUCCACAUGACAACCAUGGAGGAGACUGCGGUUGACAAGGACACAUUCCCUAUCCUUCUACUUGGCAACAAGUUUGACGUGAUUGAACAGAGGAUACAAGCUGAACGUCUCAAGAAAAUGAUGGUGGAACGAGCAAAGAUGGAGAAAAGAAGUCCAGAAGAAGAAGAUAAGGAGAAUCAAGAAAUGGAAGAGAACUCUCGUAAGAUAUGGUCGAUAGAUGGUCCACUUACUGAGGAAGAAAAACCAGAAUGUAUCAAAUUUUUGGAGAAGACUGCUUUAGAUCACAAGUUCCAUGGAAGUCUGAUGGCGUCUGCUCGGGACGGUGAUGGGUCGGUAAGGGAGGCUAUACAAUACCUAGUACGCCACAUACUUGAGGCAAAGUUUGCUGUGAACAAGUGGAAACGGAAAGACAAGCCCUCGGAGCAGAAGAAAGCAAAACAACUGGAGUACGAGGGUCUUCAAUUGACACAUGUGAAGGAGUUUGACGAGGUUUUUGAGAUGGCAGAUGUUGCUGUGAAGAAGGUAGCCAUGUUACGUGAUUAUCAUCAUAAGUCUUUCACAAAACUUAAGGAGAUGUGCCUGCAAGCUCAAAUACUGGAAUCAGGGGAGACGAGUCUGGAGGACUGUAUAAUUGCCCUUAAACGCAACAUAGGGGAUGGGGCUGAACUCAAGGUUAAGAAAGAUGAAGAUUUCUGUAAGCUAGAUAUUGUCUCAAAAGAUGAAGAUUUCAAACCGGUGAAGAAGAUGAGAGUUCUCAUGAAACUUUUUCACAAUGAGUUUGCCAAUGUGUGUAAGGCCAUACUGAAGGAAUGCCCUAUACUUGAUACCAAUCUUCAGAAAAUGGAUGCCCGCCUCAGCACCAUGUGUGAGGAAUGCUGGGAUGCAGUUGCUACUGUGGACAAUGUUCCCCGAAGUCAAGCAGACAUCAAAGAAAUAUCAGUAACUAUUGAACAAAACCGUGCAAAAAUGCAGCAUGCUUGUCUGGAAUCACGAUCAGCUGUUCAGAUUGUUGAGGAUUCUAAGAAGAAAAUAAAGGCAGCGUUUCUUUGGUGAUGUGUCCUAAGUGAAUGUCUGAAAAUAAAAUAUAUCAAAAUCAAUGUUUCUACAGUAACUACAAUGUCGUCCAGAUCCCUUCGACAUUGGCUGUACCACUGGUAUCAUUGGGAUAUGAUGGUCUAACUUAUACACUGACACUCAACUCUAUGCAAGUUAACACAAACAAUCGUCUCUGUUGUAACAUGUAUCACUUUUUAGGCUUUCCUCUACAUACAUAUAUGUAGAUUUGGAGGCACAGUAGUCUAGUGCUAGGACGCCGAGCUCGUGACCGAAGGGUUGUGACGCACGGUAGUCUAGUGCUAGGACGCGGGCUCGUGACCGAUGGGUUGCGUGUUCAAGUUACGGCACGGCACUGUGUUGUAUGUUUGAGCAAGAUAUUUUACUCCGCUUGUUCAAUUCUACUCAGCUGUAAA